UCACUCAGAAAUCAAAGGAAUUAAGAAACGAAAUAUUUGAUGAAAACGCGCCUAUUCGAAACGUCGGCGGAGAUGAUUCAGAUGAUGGGGAUCAAAUGUUUAAGAACUCGACAUAUGAGGUAAUCCGACAAGCCCAAAGAGCUUUCCCCGAUGAAGAGGAUUUUGAAACAACAUUUGAAGAUAAAAAUAAUAAUAAUGAGCAUCCUAAUGCUUUAAAUGUAGAGAAUGAGCAUGACAAAAGCACACCAAGCACAUCUUCACGUCGACAGAGAAAUAAUAGAGUUGUAAAUGGAUUAAAGGUUAGAUAUGUCACCAAUUAUCCCUUUGAUUAUGAAAAUGGUAUGGCUAAAUCUGCAAGUAAAAAGGCAGUUAUACAUGAAAUUCAUGGUAUUUCAAAAUGUUAUCCUAUUGAGAACGAAACUCAUGAUGAUGCUUCAAAAAUAGUUGCAACGGAGGGUGUUAAUUUCUACAAUAUUUGGAAAUAUGACAAUAUAAUAGAUUUAAAUAACAUUUAUUCCAAUGAUAUAGCGGUUAUUCUCAAUACUUAUGGCGUCAAGGCGGCAAGAGCAGCUAUUCUAAAGGAGACUUUUGAAGGAAAAUACAAACCAUUCAAUAGAAUUGGUUUAGAUACAAGCACUUCUCCUUUAUUAAAAAUGAGUUUUGAAAGUACAUGUUCUUUUUUAACACAAGCUACUCUUCAUGGAGAUACUGAUUUAUUGGAUUCACCAUCAGCCAGAUUAGUAUUAGGUAAAGUUAUUCAAGGCGGAACAGGAUCUUUUGAAGUUAGAGUUCCAUUUGAAUCAAUUCCAAAAUAUCUUAAAACUUGA